AUGAGGAAGUGGCUGUUGCUCCAGCUUGAGGUGGUGGUGAACGCCUCUGACUGGCUUGAGGCUUGGACAGCUUUGCAGGCGACUGGCAACGAGGUCAGCACACCUGCCAGCAUCCUGGAGUCCGAUGCCGGCCAGGUGCGCCUUAAGCAGACGCUCAAGGCGGCGAAAAAGCUUGAUGGCCUGAUCCAGAAAGUCAUAUCUAUGGAAGCCUCAUUCUCGCAAGAGGCGCAUGAUCAGUUCUCGGCCUUGCUCAGCUUCGACUGCCGCAGUUUUGCUGCCCCAAUGCUUGAACACCCUGGCCUGAUGGAUGUUUUGCACGUCAAAGCAUCCAACCAGCGCUUGUGCUUCGAGGACCUGUGUAAGGACCUGAAGACCAACACCAAGGAGUUGUUCAGCGAGGCCGAGUCCUGGAAGCGCGACCUCUCUGAGUCGUGCUCGCUCCAGGACUUGCUGGACAAGGCAAAGACCACGCUGGACACGGUGGACGGCGAGCUGGUGUCCAAGCAGUGUGAGCAGCUGGCAGAGGAGUGCAAGCAUGCGCAAGAGUUCCUCGACGAGAUGGGCCCCUACCAGAAGGAGUUCGGUGACUUCCUGGCCGCCUUGCAGACAGCCAAGGUCACGUGUGAGCAGUGCAAAGCGAUCGUUUGCGAGAGUUUGCUGUGCUUUGCCUUGCAGCUGAGCAGCAAGCAGCGCAAGCUUGCAAUUGUGAGGGAUCAGUUGGGUGAUAUCACAGGGAAGCGUGUUAAGGAGUCCUUGAUUCACCCCUUGCUUUGCAAAGAGGCACGGGAGCUGGUGCAGUAG